CCCCGCCCCACCGAGGAUAAAGCCGCCGGUCCGGCGCCCCCGCCCGGCAUUGGGCAGACGGUAGGGCCCGGUACGGUACGUUUAGGGCCCGGGUAGGGUUGGGUUUAAGGCCCGUUACGGUGGGGUGAGGGGUUCGCCAUGAGCGCCGCUGCGCAGACCCCCCCGCCGCCGCCGAUGGAAGGGAACGCCGAGCCGCUGCCCCCCGGCUGGGAGAUCAAGAUCGACCCGCAGACGGGGUGGCCCUUCUUCGUGGAUCACAACAGCCGCACCACCACCUGGAGCGACCCGCGGCUGCGGGCGGCCCCGCAGGAUGGCCAGUCAUCAGCAAACGGUCCGUCCCGCGACAGCCCCAAGCAGCCACCGGCAAGAGAAGGAAACGUGGUGUACCCCAAGCUGCGGGCUGGCUACAUCCCUAUUCCUGUCAUCCACGAGGGCAUCGACGGCAGACAGCAGCACCCCUGCUUCUCUGCCCCACAGCCCGGCCUGCAGCGGUACAAGACCGAGGCCGUGCCCACCACCGUGCAGGCUCAGCCACCUCUAAGAGGGGCCUAUGGCGGCCCCGAGUCCCCUCCAAGGGGACCGACGGAGGCUUCUCAGACGGAUAAACAAUGUGGACAGACAACGGCAGCUGCAGCAGCCCAAGCGCCGGCCACGCACGGACCCGAGCCUCCACCUCCUGCAGCUUCUGAUUCUCCGACCAUUUCCCCUCAGUCCUCUGGCAGACCCAACGCAGGAAGCCAUCAGCUUCCUCGCGGUUAUAUUCCAAUUCCCGUCAUCCACGAAAAUAUCCAACGGCAACCAGCACAAGUCUACCAUCAGGCACAGAAGACGCACUACCCUGCCCAGCAGAGCGAGUUCCAAGCCCACCAACCCGUGUUUCACAAAAUUCAACCAGAGGAGAGGGAGCCCAAGCCGACGCGAGCGCAGUCUCCCUUCAGAGUGGCUCAGAGAGGCGCAUCCAGCCGCGAAAGUUCACCGGCCAGAGUCACCACCCAGAUCCAGCCCCCAGCUCCCAUCAGAGUGCAGACAGUUGUAGACAGACCCCAGGUUUCUCAGCAACAAGUCCCACCUCAAGAGCCACCAAGACCACCACCUCCUCCUGAAAUCAAACCUGAGAACAAGGUAGUCCCACCACCUGAAACCGAGGCGCCAUCACCGUAUAUCCCAAUUCAGGUCACCCACCAAGAGCCCGAACCUAAACUACCACCCCAGAAGCCUCCACCCAUGGCAGAGAAAGCUGACAAAAAGGUUCCCUGCCCAGCUAAGGUUGUUCCCCCACAGGAAAGGCCUCCUCCUGAAGAAGCGGCCACACCGAAGACAAUGGAAACGGGAGAACCUCAAAAGCAUCCUGGUGUUUUGAAAGUGGAGGCGAUUCUGGAGAAAGUACAAAUGCUUGAGCAGGCAGUCGACUCCUUUGAAGGCAAGAAAACUGACAAAAAAUACUUGAUGAUUGAAGAGUAUUUGACCAAAGAGCUGCUAGCCCUAGACUCAGUGGACCCUGAGGGUCGUGCGGAUGUGCGCCAGGCCAGGAGAGAUGGUGUAAGGAAGGUCCAGAACAUUUUGGAAAGACUUGAACAGAAAGCAGAAGAUGUCCCAGAACCAGUUCAAGUUGAUGGACUUCAGCCAAAUUUGCCAGAGCCAAAGCCACCACAGGAAAUCAUGGAGAUUGAGCCUGUGGUAGUCAAGAGCAAGGGAGAUACCAGUAAUAAAGAUGCUAAAGAGGAAACCAAAAUGGAGAGACAUCAGCCUGAAACCAAGGAAGAAGUGUUUACCAAUCUCGCCACUACGACAAACACAUCUAAUAAUCCAACUGAACCGUAGCCCCAUGCUGAAAUUAAAAUCUCUCAGACUUUAUAACUUAAAGUGUGAUUAAGUGAAUUUUAAGUUGCAUGCAUUUCCAGAGCUCUUUUCAACUGGUUUUUAAUCAACAUAGCAGCUUGGGACACAGUAAACACUUUGUGGGGGAAGGAGGGAGUUAGAAAGAAAGUAAUGCAUUUAUCCUUUAUUCUUACACUAUGUAAAAAACAUGUUUCAAAAAUAAACCCUGUACAUUAAUCACUUCUAGAUCAGCUGAAUGGAAGAAAAACCAAACAAAACAAGCCAACUACUUCAGGAUUAAUAUUGAUGCGUGUUGUUUAGGGUGUAUUCUUUUGCAGGUGAUUUUUGUAAAAUCAGUGGCCUGCAUUGUCAGAAUACCAGUCCUUCUAUACGUGUAGCCACUCUUAACAGUAAUGUUAUUAUUUUUAAUGUUCACAGUUGGGCACUUUAAGUAAUGAUGGAUAGAAAGUGUGUAAGAAACUGUAGGGAUAUUUAUAUGUGUGCAGGAUUUCGAUAUUAUAUUUUAAGAGGGAAAUAAAAUAAUAUAGAAGCCUAA